AUGGUUUUGGAGAUGGAAAUCUGGGCAAAACAAAGAAAGCUGAAGAGGAAGAUAACCAGCUUUCAAGCUACAAAGAAACAAAGACCUAGGAGCAUACCAAUUCCAUUAAUGGGAAAACCCAAGGAAUCAAAUGGAAGGGAAUGCACUACUAAAGAAGAAGUCUUAGAGGAAAUUGUAGACUGGUACAAGGAUCUUUUCAGUGCUAAUCAGUUGGGGGAUAAUGACAGACUUUUACAGGAGUUUCUGAAGUGGAGAAGGGAUAGGUUCAUCUUGGUGAAAGAAAAAAGUGGCAACUUCUCUGUUAAAUCCUGCUAUAAUGCUGUGCUGGAUAGAAAGAAGAUGAAGCAAGCAAGCCCGGAGAGCAGUACUGGAGCAGUCAUCAAGAAGAAAAUGUGGACAACUACAUGGAAUCUCCAGGUAAAGCCAAAACUCAAAGUAUUCCUUUGGAGAUGUAUCCAUAAUUCUCUUCCUGUGGCUGAAAAAUUGAAUAUCAAAGGAAUUAUCUCAUCACCUUUGUGCUGUUUCUGUGGGGAAAACUCUGAAAAUCAAACUCAUAUCUUCUUCCAUUGUGAGAGAGCUCAAAUAGUAUGGAAAUUAUUUCCUGUCCAAUGGGAUGAUGCUCAUAUUAAAGCAGAUAACUUUCUGGCUGGUGGUCAGACAUUUGCAAUGCCACUAAGGGAGAAUGUUGGAAAGAUAGAUUGGAGCUUUCAGUGUAUCUCCUUUGGUGGCUUUGGAGAACAAGAAACCUAUGGCUUUUUGAAAAAUCUUUGA